CUUAACCAGAGGUACUAUUGUAAUGAACUCACACAGAAGAGAAACCAUCUAAAGCUAUGGAGUGCAAAAAGAGCUUGAACUCGAGCAAAACUGUUACGAAAAAUCAACCAACUCACACAGGGGAGAAACCAUUUCCAUGUAUGGAAUGCGGAAAGAGCUUCAGUCAGCGUGGAGCACUUAGAAUGCAUCAAAGAAUACACAAGGGGGAGAAACCAUUUCAAUGUAAGGAGUGUGGAAAGAGCUUCAGUCAAAGUGGAAACCUUAAACUGCAUCAGAAAACUCACACAAGGGAAAAACCAUUUAAAUGUGUUGAGUGUGGAAAGAACUUCAGUCAAAUUGGAAAUUAUAGAAUACAUAAAAAAACACACACAGGGGAGAAACCAUUUAAAUGUAUGGAAUGUGGAAAGAGCUUUGGUCGUAAAGAUACCCUUAGAAUACACCAGCGAACUCACACAGGGAAGAAACCAUUUAAAUGUAUGGAAUGUGGAAAGAACUUCAGUCAAAGUGCAAACCUUAGAACACAUCAGAAAACUCACACAGGGGAGAAACCAUUCCAGUGUAUGGAGUGUGGAAAGAGUUUCUAUCAAAGUGGGCCUCUUCGAAUACAUCAGCGAACUCACACAGGGAAGAAACCAUUUAAAUGUAUGGAAUGUGGAAAGAGCUUCAGUCAAAGUGGAAACCUUAGACUACACCAGAAAACUCACACAGGGGAGAAACCAUUCCAGUGUAUGGAGUGUGGAAAGAGCUUCAGUCAAAGUGGAUACCUUAGAUUGCAUCAAAGAACUCACACAGGGGAGAACCCAUAUAACUGUAUAGAGUGUGGAAAGAGCUUCAGUCAAAGUGGAAAUUAUAAAAGACACCAAAGAACUCACACAGGGGAUAAACCAUUUAAAUGUAUGGAGUGUGAAAAGACCUUUGGUCAUAGUGGAGCCCUUAGACUACAUCAACGAACUCACACAGGGGAGAAACCAUAUAAAUGUAUAGUGUGUGGAAAGAGCUUCCCUUCAACCAAAAACCUUAGACUGCACCGAAGAACUCACACAGGGGAGAAUCCAUAUAACUGUAUAGAGUGUGGAAAGAGCUUCAGUCAAAGUGCAAAUUAUAAAACACACCAAAGAACUCAUACAGGGGAGAAACCAUUUAAAUGUGUGGAGUGUGGGAAGACCUUCAGUCAUAGUCAUCACCUUAGACUGCACCAAAGAACUCACACGGGGGAGAACCCAUAUAACUGUAUAGAGUGUGGAAAGAGCUUCAAUCAAAGUGGGAAUUAUAAAAGACACCAAAGAACUCACACAGGGGAGAAACCAUUUAAAUGUAUGGAGUGUGGAAAGAGCUUUGGUCAUAGUGAAUCCCUUAGAUGCCAUCUGCGGACUCACACAAAAGAGAAACCAUUUAAAUGUAUGGAGUGUGGAAAGAGCUUUGGUCAUAGUCGAUCCCUUAGAGGCCAUCAAAGGACUCACACAGGGGAGAAACCAUUUAAAUGUAUGGAGUGUGGAAAGAGCUUCAGUUAUAGUGGAACCCUUAGAAGCCAUCAAAGGACUCACACAAAGGGGAAACCAUUUAAAUGUAUGGAGUGUGGAAAGCGCUUCCAUCGAAGUGUACAUCUUAAGAAUCAUCAGCAAACUCACACCAGAGAAUAACCAUUUAAAUGUAUGGAAUAUGGAAAGAGCCUUGGUCAAAGUGGACAUUAUAAAGACACAGAGAACAUUCACAGCAUUAAAAAAGCAUUUAAAUGUGAGGAUUUUGUGUGCAAAGAGCUUUACUGAUAGUGGAGCACAUAGAAAACAUCAACAGACAUACACCAGAGAGAAAUCAUUUAAAUAUAUGGAGUGUGCAAAGAGCUUCAGUCAGAGUGAAAAACUUGCAAAACAAUAGUCAACUCACAUGGGAAGAAACCAUUUAAAUGCAUGGGAGUGUGGAAAGAGCUUCAAUUUGAGUGCAGAUCUUAAUAUACAUCAGCUGUUAGAUGCAUAGAGUAUAUGUGAAGUUCUGGUGUCUGCAUGUAAAUUUGUACCCAUGUAUUCAAGUGUUACAACCCUUCCUCAUCCUUGGCUAUCUGAAGGGCACAAUGUUCAGAUAAAACAUUAUUUCCAGUGGCAGCAGGAAUAGAGGGAUAAAGAAAGCAAGGGUUCCAGGGAUGUCCAGAGGGGCUGUGAAAGAGACCCACCCCACCCCACUUUUCUGGAUGAAUAAAAGCAACCGUGGCGGAAAAAAGGUGGUGGGGAGAGAGAAACAUGACCUUUGGUGGGUGUUUCUGUUUUGGGUGCUGUCAAUAAGUUCUCCAGAUGGGCUCUGGGGCAUCCUUUGCUACUCUCUCCUUCCCAAGAGUCUGUGGCUCCUCCAAGUCCUCCUAGAGAAGGAUCCAUUAAAAAGUCUUGGAGGUAAAGAGUGUUCCACACCAGCUGCUGCAGCCAUUUUUCUUUUUGGGGUGGGGCUGGAUCUGCCUUCUGUAUCUGCCCCCACAUCUUGCAACCUGUCAAGUCGAGCCUGGACUGGUGUGUCUGUUGUGAAAUUAGUUAACCCAUUUAGCAUAUGACAGAAGUCAUAUAACUUAACAGUGAAUGGAACAUAUGUAUAUUUAUCAUACCUUCAUCUUCCUUUCUGUGACGGAAGAUAGGUAUCAGUGCUCUAAUAGUUUCUAGGCUACGUGGACUUCUCAACCCCGACUCCCACCUGCUUAUCUUUCAAACUACUGUUUAAAAAGUUUAGAAAUAGAAAAUUUAUGUGACAGACUCUACUUCCCUAGUUGUCAGACACCCGGAUAUCCAAAAUAACGGACAGAAGAACCAUUUUAGCUCCCUGACCUGUGACUUUCCCAUACAUAUAUAACUUCUAUUAGCUAAUGCCUGUACCUUUCUGUAAAACCCCUCUCA